AGGAAAAUUCUAUAUCAAAAAGCCCAGCAAGCAAGCCACAUGACUCUUUGUUUCCUCUCUGAUAUGAUCUUAAAUUGAAAACCAAAAAAAAGUAAGAAGUAAUGGGGACAGAGCUGAUGAGAAUCUGUGUGAAAGAAGAAAGUGAUGAGCUGCCAUCUGUUCCUCCUGGGUUUGAAUCAUAUGCUACGUUCACUUUAAAAAGAGCUGUCCCUGAUGCUGCUGAGCCUGCUAUGGAAAGUGUUUCUUCUGUAACCGAUCAAGGUGAGAUGGAGACUGAAUCCGAUGAAGCCAAAGCUGCUCGGUCUCUAAGGCGUAGACCUUGGAUUAACUAUGAUGAUGAUGAUCAAAAUCUUGAUCAAAAUUGUGGAGUGAAGCCUUCUCUACCAAAGGGCGUGACCAGAGGAUGUGCAGAAUGUAAUGACUGCCAAAAGGUAACUGCGAGAUGGCAUCCAGAUGAAGCUCGUAGGCCUGACCUUGAAGAUGCCCCUAUAUUCUACCCGAGUGAAGAGGAGUUUGAAGACACUUUGAGCUAUAUAGCUAAAAUAAGACCGAAGGCUGAGAAGUAUGGAAUCUGUCGCAUUGUUCCUCCUCCUUCCUGGAAGCCUCCUUGCCCGCUGAAAGAAAAGCAAGUAUGGGAAGGUUCUAAAUUUGCCACACGUGUCCAAAGAGUGGAUAAACUUCAGAACCGGAGUUCAAUGAAGAAGGUUUCAAAGCUUUGUAAUCAAAUGAGAAGGAAGAAGAGGAAGUGCAUGAAAAUGGGAAUGGAUUCUGCCACUAAUGGCAAGAGCGGUCCUGGCUCUGCAAGCCCCGGAAUGAGUGGAUUUGAGACGUUUGGGUUUGAACCUGGUCCAGGGUUCACUCUAGAAGACUUCAAAAAGUAUGCUGAUGAGUUCAAGGCUCAGUACUUUAAAAAGAGUGAGACUUCUACAGAGAAUGAAUGUAAAGGUGGUGAGUCCAUAGACUCAUGGGAGCCAGCAGUUGAGGAUGUUGAAGGUGAAUAUUGGCGGAUAGUAGAUAAAGCAACGGAAGAGAUAGAGGUGCUAUAUGGUGCGGACCUUGAAACUGGGGUAUUUGGUAGCGGAUUCCCUAAGAUAUCAUCAAGCCAGGUGGCUUCUUCUUCAGACGGAAAAUAUGCAAAAUCAGGCUGGAACUUAAAUAAUUUUUCAAGGCUUCCAGGAUCCCUUCUGAAGCAUGAGGGCAGUGAUAUCUCUGGUGUUCUUGUACCGUGGUUGUAUAUUGGGAUGUGCUUUUCUUCUUUCUGCUGGCAUGUGGAAGAUCACCACUUGUAUUCGAUGAAUUACAUGCACUGGGGUGCACCAAAAUUGUGGUAUGGUGUUGCGGGGAAGGAUGCUGUUAAACUUGAGGAGGCGAUGAGAAAGCAUUUGCCUGACCUUUUCGAAGAGCAGCCUGAUUUGCUCCAUAAGCUAGUUACACAACUCUCCCCAUCAAAACUGAAAGCCGCAGGAGUACCUGUGCACCGAUGUGUCCAGCAUGCUGGAGAGUUUGUCUUGACUUUCCCUCGGGCAUAUCAUGCUGGAUUUAACUGUGGUUUUAACUGUGCUGAAGCUGUGAAUGUAGCACCAGUUGACUGGCUGCCUCAUGGACAGAUUGCUAUAGAGUUAUACUGUCAACAGGGUAGAAAAACGUCCAUCUCGCAUGAUAAACUGUUACUUGGGGCAGCAAGAGAAGUAGUGAAAGCAGACUGGGAGCUGAACUUACUUAAGAAAAAUACAGUAGAUAACUUGAGGUGGAAAGAAUUUGGUGGAAAGGAUGGGAUCUUGGCCAAAACACUCAAGGCACGCAUUGAUAUGGAACGUACAAGAAGAGAAUUCCUAUGCAGCUCCUCACUUGCAUUGAAGAUGCAUAGUAAUUUCGAUGCUACCAACGAGAGAGAGUGUUGUAUAUGCUUCUUUGAUUUGCACCUGUCUGCUGCUGGUUGCCGUUGUUCCCCAGAGAAGUAUUCAUGUUUGACUCAUGUGAAGCAGUUGUGUUCGUGUCCGUGGGUUACUAAAUAUUUUCUAUUUCGCUAUGAUAUGGAUGAACUGAAUGUUCUUCUUGAGGCUGUGGAAGGAAAACUUAGCUCUGUAUAUAGAUGGGCGCGUCAAGAUUUAGGAUUGGCUUUAAGUGAACACCUCUCAGCAAACAAGAUGGAGAUGGAUGAGGAAGAAAAAGUGCACAAAGACCUGAGUCCAGGUGCUGCUUCACUUUUAGAGAAAGAUUUACAGCUGAAAGUAACAUCGAGAGAAGAUCUAACUAGAGGGUUAGAAAAGACGAGUACAUUACUUCUGAAAGUUAAGGAGGAGCAAUUAACACCAAGCCAAUGUAUGAAGCCAGUCAAAGAAGAAACUCUUUAUGAUUCAUCUGAAGGAGGCAUCUCUAUGACAGCUGCUAAGUCCACAAGUGGAAAAAAGAAUUCACAGAGUGUACCUGAUGAUGUUAUACUCGUCAGUGAUGAUGAGCUAGACAUACCAAGGAAACGAGUUUCGGAGAAAAGAAAUGCAGUUUCGCCCAGCAAGCAUUUGAAAAUACGGGAGAGACCAAGCCACGUUUUAGCAUUAGAAGCGACUACUAAAACUGCUACUCCCAUGAUAGAAAAGCAAGCAAUUUCUUUGCCUGAUAGACAAAACAUUAUAUCACUGCCUACUAAUGACCAAAGAGCAGUGCUAGGGGAUGUACCAAGUUCUGUAUCUCAUACGGAAGUUAAUGCCGUAGCUGAUGGACUUGCUCAUGAUAGUAUAUGCAAUAGUGUUGACACUAGCAACCAAGGUGGUGUAAAAUAUACCAGCUGUAAAUCCAAAAUCUCUGGAGGUUUAGCUAUAGUGGAUGUUGUUGAUGGGAUAAGAAGUAACUCAGGUACACCAUCCUGUUCGCAAAAUAAUAGUCCGGAUAGGAUCAUCCGCCAAAAGGGUCCACGUAUAGCAAAAGUUGUGAGGAGAAUCAAUUGCAAUGUAGAGCCUUUAAACUACGGAUGUGUGCUUUCUGGAAAAUCAUGGUGCAACCGCCGAGCAAUUUUUCCUAAAGGAUAUCGUAGUCGGGUCAGGUACAUAAACAUUUUGGAUCCAACAAGGAUGAGCUUCUACAUUUCAGAAAUUUUGGAUGCUGGACGCAACAGUCCGUUGUUCAUGGUUUACUUGGAAGGUAAUCCCAGUGAGGUGUUUGCCCACUUGUCUCCUACAAGAUGCUGGGAGAUGGUAAGAGAUAGAGUAAACCAAGAGAUAAUAAUCCAGCACAAAGCUGGUAAACUAGAUCUUCCUCCUCUGCAACCCUCUGGGAGCCCUGACGGUUUUGAAAUGUUUGGAUACACGUCACCUGCAAUAUUACAGGCUAUUGAAGCACUAGACGUGAAUCGAGUGUGCACAGAGUAUUGGGACUCGAGGCCUUAUUCGCGGCCACAAGUUCAGUUCCCUGCAAAUACUCUUCUCAGAGAAGCCAACACAAGCAUAAUACAAUCAUCAGAUGUGAGAAAUCUCCAGAUAGUUCCCGGACAACGUCUAUUACCAGCUGGAACAAACUCCAUUCUCAAGGUUCUGCUCAAGAAAGCUAACAUGGAGGAACUAAGCUCACUUCAAGAGGUUUUAAGUGAGUCUAACAUAGAUUUGAUGUCCGAACUUGUGAAGGAAGAGAUCCAGAAGCGGUACUGAUUUAUCUGGAAGGAGAUUUUGAUUUUGGUGUGUACAUACAGAAGUGAUGAGGCUCUAUGCUCAAUCUUUUUUGGGCGCCCUUACAGAGGAAGGAUAGAAACAUAUAACCAGAAAAAAAAAACUCUGUUCUUCUUCUUCUCUCUAAACAAAAAGAAGAGGAGAAACAAAGAAAGAAAGAAUGACUUUUAGGGUUUUUGAAACCAUUAGUUUUGCUUACUAGUCAGACUACAAGAUUCAUGUGUGGGGUUGGUUUCCAAUUCAAUAUCACUUCACUCGUAUUGACAUACGUUUCUCUGUUUUUUAAGGGACAUUGAUUUGAAAAGUACUAUAAAAGUAAUCAGUUCAUAUAAGCUCU